AACUCGGCGCGGACGCACGCGUUCCAUAUUCAAACUUCUUACAAUCAUAUUCUUUCGUAAGUCUUACAGUGUUCUUCUAAGGUUCGAUAGUGUAUUAGUGCAGACUGCUGGGAAGUUCAAGGAAUUUUUACAUUGAAGAUCGCUGUCGUAUGAGUGUCACGGAAAAUCAUCUCUACAGUCGCAGAGAUGUAGGUUUCGACAAGUGCAUUCUGGUUCGAAAUAACGUGGGCAUUAAUAAAUCAAAACGACACCAAGUUAUAGUCCAGAACGAAACAGAAAAGAGGUCACUCUAAGGUCAAUCAGAUGAGUUAUGGAUUUACUUUGAUGAAGCUGUCGGAAAUUUUGAAAAAAUGUCGACGAGUAACGAUAUGAGCGAUGUUGACUCACCGAAGCUGAGAAUGAAGCCUGCAGUUAGCAGGAUAUUCUGCUGCAGUGUCACAGCUGCGUCAGGAUUUGUCGCGGCCUAUGCGCUGGUGGCGUACGCGAUCGCGUUGAUCUACGAAAUAGUGUGGGUCGUUGAAUCACAGAGCGGACUACCUAUUCCAUCGGUACUGCUCAUGGUAUGCUACAUCAUCGUCAUAGCCGCCACCGUAACAUUAGUUCAUGGGCUUAUAUCGAAAAACAACAAAUAUCUUCUAGCAUGGUUGAUAGCGGUCAUCUUAGUGCUGAUACCGGAGUGUGCUCUAGUCUUCUAUAUGUCUAUUAGUCAUUGGGGUCUGCAAGGAGUUUAUGGAGGCGCGGAGUUGGCAUGCUACGUGGCACGGCUACCGGCUAUCGUCUGCGGAGUUGUGCUGGUACAGUCGGCCUAUGCGCUGAGAGAAGCCAGGAAAGCGGGCUACGGGAACGGUGCGGCAGUUAGCGGGAGUGAGUUCGACGCCAGCCACUACAUCCCCGAUGCUCCGUCCGCCUUUACAAACGAUGGAUUUUUAUCAGACAACGGUAAAUCAGGGUCGAUGCCAGAUCUGAGACGGCACCUCGCGAGCCGUCAGUCCGCACGUAGCGCGUACGGCCCCCCUCCUCCCGCCUACGGCCCCCCGCCUCCCGCCUACUGGCGCCACCUCGCGGGCGCCGCCAGUCUGCGCGGGUACCCCAAGCCGUACGUCCCACAGCACGGCACCUGGGUCGGGCCCCGGACCAGCCCCUACGACAACCCCUACAAACGCCGCCAUUCCAUCGUCGGCGCGUUUACCACAGACGAAUACCCCUCAAAGAAUUACGAAUACGAGGACAGAGCGGACUGUAAAAGCGAAAUGGCGUAUCCUUAUUAUCGACCUUACGCCUACGACCCAAGGUUGUAUCCGGAAUACGGAUUUUACCCAGAUUAUAAGAGAGAAGAGGCUUCGUACGGUGUUAAUUUGCUUCGGCAUGAUCCUUAUCACUUCAGUGGCUCUAGGGAGAGAGUCUUCUACAACAUGAGGAACAGUCACACGUCAGUUGGCAAUGAAUCCGAUGAUUUGACCAAAUAUAAAGAUGUUGCCUUGUAGAAUAAAACAAGCUUUGGUUUUUCGUUACAAUUUGUGAAUGAUACUAAUGUUUAUUAGGUCUAUUUGUCAAAUAAAUUGUAAGACAGAAAUAAAUUGUUCUAUUCAGAUUAAUUAUUAAUUGUGAAAUAUUCCGUAACUAUGUAUUUUCAGAUGUGUGUGACAUUUGUAUAUUUUCUUUUUCUAGGUAGUUAUUAUUUUAGCCAGGCAAUAUUAAAACAGUAUAAUUAAACCUUCAAUUAUUUAUUUAAGGAUGUGUAUAAAUAUGAUCUGAUGAGUUUAUUUUAAAUAUUUGUAAAGAGAUGUGGAAUGCUGUGUUUUAGUUUUUAGGACAUCGAUUAAAAUAUCAAGUUUGGAAUUUGAUUAUGAUGUUAUACUUUAAUAAAAACAACACAAUUUAUUGAGUAUUUAUUAGGAGAAAAUGUAUCAGCUCUGACAGAUGAUGGGAUCCUGGCUUAAAGGUUCAAAGUGGAAGCAUGCAGACCCUCAGGUUUUGAUUUAUAAUUGGAGAAAAUAUUCUCUAAAGAGCAUAGGCUCAUAAUGAUCAAAAAUAAGACGGUGGGAGUGUCUGGGCUGUGGAAAUGGUUUGUGAAAUAAUAGACGGUAGAUAGAAAGAGAUCUAACUCUGUCUCUCUUUCUUCUCUUUCUGACCAAUUGUUGACUGACAUUAGUCAGUCUUUUUCAGGACACAAUCUAAGGUUGAUAAUUAAUUCAACACGCAAAGAAAUCGGUCGAAAGAGAAAAAUAAAAAUUCGGAUUGAACAUAAUAAAAUUUAAAUAUAUUAUGUACUAAGAGACUUAAAAGUAAGGAAUUGAUCUCUGCCAUGUUUAAAAAAUGACUAUAAAAACCCAAGAAAUAUUUACUAUGGGCUUCAGGAUACUUGUCAUGGUACAACCAUCUUGAAGCGAAUCGAUUUUACGAGCAUCUUUAAUAAACAGAGAUGAUCGUAUUAUUUAAAAAUGCCGCCUUGACGUUUUUAAAUAAUUUAUAAUCAAAAACUUUGGCUUUGCAUUUGGAAUUUUGAUGUAGAAUCGUGGCUAAUGUUUUUUUAUGAUUCUAAACAGUAAAUUAUAGUAUUUUAAAGCACAAAAGUAACAGGGAAGUACUUUAUUAAUGCUUGUUAGAUACUUAACCUUUUUUCGGAGAAAAAAAAAACUCAGAAAGCGCACAUUCUUUGAUCUAGUUUUUAUUGUAUUGAAUUUAUUGCCGCCGAAGGCAAAUGAGUUAGUAGACCAAAGUAGUCUCCAUGCUGUCGCAUAUAAUGCAUGUUAGAUAAACAUUCACACACAACAGUUCAAUCUCUAAUCUAAUAUAUAAAAUAUUUAUAAACCACACACGGCAGCUUACGAAUUUUUUUAUGUAUUAUAAUUUAAGUUAAUUGAACUCUUUGUUAAACUUUUAAAUAAUAAUAUAUAAUGAUUAGUUAAGUUACCUAGUAACCAAAGGUGCAAGUGUAAAUACGUAUGUAUAAGUCUAUGUAGCAAGUACUUAUGAAUUUUUACCUUUUAAAAGAGUCACUAUUUUAUAUUAUGUAUAUUCAAUAAAAAUGUCGUA